GACUCGUCGGCGGUAGUCUAUGUUUGACGAGCGGACGCGUUCGGUCGACGACCACGACCACGAUCACGGUGACCGCGUUCAAUCGUCAGUUUUCAGAAUAAUAUAUAGAUAAUAAAAUAUUAUCUAACAACACUACUCACACAGUAUUGGGCGUUAUACUAUAUAGGUAGAUCGAGCUCAUUCGGUCCCGUUUCGUUUUCGUCGUCGUCGUCGUCGUUACCGAGAAAUUUUUUCUCCGCCAGGUCUUAACGGCCCGUAAAAUUACCGUGGAAGAAUUAAUAAUCGCUCCGCUGCAGAAGCUUAAAUAUAAUAAGUAAAUAUAUUUCAAUUGCGUCGUCGUGAUGCGUUGUCGUGUUCCGCCGGCGAUCCGUUGGCGAGUCGAUCAGAAAUCGGAAUUUGCCGACAAGACGCGGUCGUAAGUCGAAAAACUUUGAUUUCCAAGUGGUUACAUUUAUUAAAGUAAUUUUUGUACUGACAAUUGUUUGGAACCCACGAACAAAACAUAACUAAAUAGUUGCUUAAAUAAUCAACUUCAAUUAAUAAUAAUAAAAUUGAAAAAAAAAUGGCCAACUCUACAUCAGUGACUAAGUGUACUGAUUUUUCCGUGUCCAGCCUUUGCCGAGACAUGAAGACUUCACCUCCAGAUCCUGCAAUCGUGGUCGGUGGAACCGGAACUAAUAUGAAAUUGACACUGCCUCUUGCUGCUUGCGCACCGUUCUCAUCCAAUAUCAAUGGACCAACUGCCAUUACGACCGCAGUCGCCGGUAGACCGCCACCGUCCACGUCACCGUCCCCGUCGCCUUCGCCGGCCACGCUGCGCGAACUGUACGCCAUGGCGGCCAGCCAACAGCACCAGCAGCAUUCACGACUACUCGAGCUGUCCAACAGAUAUCGUGGGUACCCGGAAAUUGCCCAUCACGUGUUCAACCAACAAGGAGCCGUCACCAAGUUGCUAGGAACUCUUAGACCUCCUGGUUUGAUUGGUGGAAGCAAACCCAAAGUUGCCACCCCAGCAGUCGUAUCGAAAAUUGAAUUCUACAAACGAGAAAAUCCAACGAUAUUCGCAUGGGAAAUUCGCGAAAAGCUCAUAUCUGAAGGAGUGUGCACGAACGGUACGGCGCCGUCGGUGAGCAGCAUUAACCGGAUACUGAGGAACAGGGCGGCGGAAAGGGCUGCGGCCGAGUUCGCCCGGGCCGCCGGAUACGGUCUGUACCAGGUGUCACAUCCGUACGCGUCGUUCCCGUGGCCACCGCACCCGCACGGCAUGUGGCCGGGAGUGGCCGCGGACGGUCCGUCUGCCGUGGCCGCGGCUGUGUCGUCGUCUGGCGGACUACCGUUGCACCACGGGUCGGCCGGCGGGUCCAACAAGACCUCGCAGCUGCAGCAGAUGAUCAACGCCCAUCAGCCUUGCGGCGUCAUGUCCAGAGAUCUCAUGCCCAGGCUCAUAGGUGAUGGAUCCGGAGGCGUCGACGGUUGCAAAGAUGACAUGGAAAGCGUAGGCAGUGGCAGCGGAUCCGAGCAACCGAAGUUUAGGCGCAAUCGGACCACAUUCAGUCCGGACCAACUCGACGAAUUGGAAAAAGAGUUCGACAAGAGCCAUUAUCCGUGCGUGAGCACUCGCGAACGGCUAGCCGCAAAGACCAGUUUGUCUGAAGCUAGAGUCCAAGUGUGGUUCUCGAACCGAAGGGCCAAGUGGCGGCGGCACCAGCGCAUGAACAAAUCGCGUCGGUCGGGCGUGGCGGCCGCGUCGACCGUGUCGGGCGGCAGCAGCGGUUCGGCGGCGGGUACGCCCACGCCGCCGGUCGUGUCGCCGGUCGCGGGGGCGAUCGGCGGCCCGACCGGUGUGCCGGACGGCGGCGGCGGCGGCGGCCCGCCUUGUCCGGCCGCGGUGGCCAGGUGUCUGGGCGGCGGCGAGAACAGCGCGUUCCGAUCGCUGAUGCCGCAACAACAGCAACAACAACACUUGCACCGGCAGCUCGUCCAGCAGAGUUACGCCGCGUCCGAAUCGUCCGAAGAGAUAAACGUGACGACGGACGACGAAGACGACGACGGCGGCGGCGGCGGCGGUCGGGUCGGCGGUGGCGCCGUCGUCGACGAACCGAUGGACGACGGAGACGGUUCCAAUAAUUCGUCUUCGUACAACGCCAACAACAACGACAACAACAACAACGACGGCGGCGAUGGAGAAGACGUCGGCGACGUCGAAGACGGUGCGGGAAAGACGUCGUCGUCGGCGGCGGCAGUCGCUCUGACGGCCAAUCACCAUCACGACAGCCCGUCCCGUCCGCGGUUCGGGGCCGACCGACUUCCGUACUUCGGUCACGUCAUGCAUCCGGCCGACGUGAAACGAACGGUGGACGGUCCGAAUCAUCACCUCCCGAAUCACCACCCCCUGCACAACAACAACAACAACAACAACCACCACAGCAACAACAACAUCCACCAUCACAACAGCGUGCUGUCCACGAUCGCUUCGUGGCGCGAAAUGGCCGCCUUUACCGCCCUCCACCACCGGGCCCUCGAACAGGGCGCGGCCAAAGCGGCUGCGGCCGCCGCGGCGGCGGCGGCGGCGGCUGCUCAACCGUUGCAGUUGACCAAGUACGACAAGGACAGAUCGUAGGCGGCGCCGAUGAUGUUAAACGGCAGUGUACGACCGAACACGGGACGAUUCAAAGGUCUCGAUCAUCAAUCGAAUUAAUCGUUUGCAAAUCGCAUCAGGUAAAAAAAAAACGAUCGAUAUCGUGACGUAUAACAUAUAAUUGUAUAAUAUUAGUGACGAGCAGGACGGUCUUUGCAUUGUUUUUAUUUUCACGUGAGAGCAUUUGUAUGAUAUGUUAAAAAUAUAAAUCAUGAUAUAGUGUCGAGAUGGACGGUUAAAAAAAAAAAAUAAUAAAAAUAAUUGUAUUUUGAAUACCACGGAGUGGUAAUCGACUGAGUCGUGGCAGCGGGGUCCAUAUCGAACGUUUUGUAACGCACUUUACACAUAUAAGUAGAUUAGCACUUGAUCAAAGACUUUUGAAUCGUUCUGUGUUUUAUACAAACAUAACGGUAGUAAUAAUAGUAUCCACUAACAGAGUAUAAUACAAUAGUAAUGUCAUAGCGUGUUGUUCGACUGCAGUUUCUGUUUUUCUUUUUUUUUUUUUUUCAUUUUUCUGCCUUUUUCUGCGAAAACACGUUCAUUCGUAGUAAUUCCGGGAACGGUUAUAUCCCUUUCUCCCACCUUUGUAAUUUGUUGAUAAUUAAUCAAUUAGUUUAAAACACCGCUGAGACCGAUUCUCGCGUAGUCGACGGUAUGUAUAGAGAAUAUUAAGUACCCCUUUUAUCCUUUGAGGACAACUUAAUUUCCAAUGUACGUCGCAUCGAACAAUCUCGUGACUACGUACAACUACCGUUGAAUACAAUAUUUCCUCGGAUGAGCAUAUAUCAUCUCUAUAGCCGGUCCGUUCACACUGUUGCUAUUUAUGUUUCUAUAGGCUAUUUAUUUCUCUUUCCGUUUUAAUUAUGACGUUUUCGUAACUGCUUGUGUGUUAUACAUCAAUUUUUAGUGCAUUAAAAGUGAUUAUUUGUAAAUAAUAUUUCAUGUAAGACGUGUAUCUAGUAAAUAUAGUUAAUUUAAAUCAAUUAUAUUAAUAUUGUAAUAUUUUAUUAUUAUUGUAUAUGUUUAAUGCGCGUUGGUCGGUUCAACGAUCGGUGUGAUUAUAAUAUAGUUUGUAUAUAUAUAUAUUAUAUAAUACUAUGGUGUAUAAUAAUAGUUUAUGGUGUUCAAAAUGUACAAUAUAGUCAAUGGAACAAAAAAUAUAAAAUAUAGCUAUACAUACUUGUACCUAAUAAUUUAAUAAUAGGAUGAUGUAGGUGUAAAAUAUAUAAUAAUAUAAUAAUAAAGACGAA